AUCACCAGCCACAUGUUUCUCGGUUCCUCCGAGGCCCAUCGACCUGCAUCCUGCCUCCUUUCUCGUCUCCUCCAACCAACCACCCCAUCUUGAAGGCAAGCUUGAAAUGGGACUUGCGCGCAUCGCGACUCACCGGUUUUUCUAUGCGCCACUUUUAAUUGAUCGUUCGUGACCGCAAUGUCUUUCUACUCUCCGGAUGCUCGCCGUCGGCGUAUCGGAGCUGGCGCUGGGUUCAGCUCGUCGGGUCGGCGAACCGUCCUGGGGUAUUGGGUCCCUCUGGCCUUGACGGUCGGCGUCGCAACCGCUGGAAUUGCGGCCUGGGUAUGGAGCGAACGCAGUGAUGAAGAUGAUGAAGCCGAUCACGAUGGAGAUGAUGACGAACAAUAUGGAGAUUUCCCCGCGUCAACCCUUGGUGGGGAAGAGCUGCCGCCUGCUGGAAUCGAUUCAGGCUAUGGCAGAAGCACAGCUACAGAUCUCCGGAGCGACAUCCCGGACGAUGCUAGCAUGAUGGCUCGAAUGCAGGGCGCUUUGCGCCGUACACCCAGUCCCCAGCAGAUCCUCGACGGCGCCAGCAAGAGAGUUGCGGCCGGCAUGGCCGCUGCGGGCGCUUUCGUGGGUGGUGCUCUGACAUCGAUUCGAGAGGAAGAUAGGGGCGACUUCGAAGACCAUUCGAGAUGGUCUGAGGAAGUGCGUUCCAGGGCCGACGAAAGGAACCAGGCGGCGGCUGCUCCAACGAUGAGUGGAGCUCUCCCGACUCGCACCGGCCAGUCUUCCCUUGACAGGAAGAAGACAGUGGCAAUUGUUGUUUCUUCUGAAGGAUCGCGGCGUGGUCCUGAGGAUUUCUCUUCCGAGCAUGCUUCUAUCCUUUCGCACCUUCCCGAGCACGUUAAUCCUGAUACUGCCAAGGUUUUUGUCUUGAUCUAUGCACCUGAGCUUAAGCACGCUCCCGGACAAGGUAGCUCAUCCAACCAACCCGUGUCUGUUACCUCAUCCUACUCGAACAUUGCCCCCGAAGAAGCCGCAUCUCCUAGCGAGCUGCCCACUGUCGAACCCAGCCAGAUGGAUGAUGACGGCACCCCUUUCUUCAAGACCCUGUACACCCAAGCCUCAGCCAUUGUUGAUAAGGAGACCAUGAUCAUGCCCUUCAACAGUGCCACUGGAUACGUGCACCUUGUGCGCCACCUCUCACCAGACAUUGUAUAUGUCCAGGAGUCCCUAACCGGCAGCGAUGGGGACCCUGUCCACCAUAUUUCUGGAUGGGUCAGACAAGUGGUCGUUGUCGUAGGCGACGAAGGCGGUCGCGGCGGUCUCAUCGACAGUGAGGAUGAAUCAGCCCUCGCUGACAACGGAGAAAAAUGGUGGGAGAGAGAAGGCACCACCGGCAUCGGCAAACGCAUUGAUGUGGUGGAUGUCCUUCGCACCGGAGACGACUGGCGACGAAGAGUACAAGGUCACGACUAGAAGGUUCGAGAUCCGCAGAGGACUCUAGAGCCUAUGUUAAUACGCUUACUGCUCUGAUGUUUAUACCUGUAUUUCUUACGCUUUCCCCUUGUUUUCCCUUACUGAUGACUGAUUUGAUUCCCCCUUGACUUUAUGAUAUUGUUUUUACCACUAAUGUUUCCAGUUGGGACAUUGGAUGAUGACUCUCAACACUCUUGCCAUUCAUUUCAGCGUGAUAUGGAUUCACUUUGAAUAAAAGUAAUCAAUGCAUAUAACUGUUCACCCAACAACUUUACUAUUGACGUCAACUAUUCUUCUGCAGUUGUUAAGCCAUUGAAAGACAUUGGUGCACUUCUUUGUAUUGGAUCUUUCCCUUCUAGAUCACUUCUUUGUUCAUUGCCCUCAAUAUACAACAUAGUAGCUAUUAAAACAAUAGAAUGCUUGAAUGGAUAAAUGAAUCCAUAGAUUCACUCUCAGAAAGGAUGAUAGACACUAACCCG